GACGUCCUCGCGAUAUCAUAUGAAGGUUUAGCAGAACAGAAACAUACUCCAUUAGGUUCUUUCGCUCCAAAGUGUUAAGUGCCAAGCUGAACAGAAUUUCGUAAUCUUCGACAUGGCGGCUGAAAGCGAAACUGUUUCACAAGCAGUAAAAGGAGCCUUGGAGCAAAUCCAAAAAAAUGCUCCCGAAGAGUUUUCAAAGAUGAAUGCAGAUCCCAAAGUGAGAGACGCUGUUACUGAAGCAGCCAGAGCGGCAGCCACCGAAGAAGUAAAACUCGCCCAUGAGUUCGCUUCUCGACCUGACCAAGACAUCCGCGAAAGGCUUGCCAAGUACUUGCCUGAAGACCGGAUCAAGCUGAUAGAAGAGGCACUCAGCAUCCCAACAUUUCGCAUGGAAAUAACCCAGAAGAGAGGUGGCAAAUAUUUGGUGCAGAUGACAAGGGAAGGCAAGGAAUUCCUACCUGGGAAAGAGCUCACAACAGUUGCAGACAUCGAUUGGGCAAGCAUCCUACAGGAAGCCAGUAUUCUAGUUGAGGCCAUACUUCUCGUCAUGAGCGCAGUAGGCCUAGAGCCAUCUGUGAGCCAGAGUACGAUGAAAGCCACAAUUGAAGACACCGCGAAGGCAAUUGAGAAUUCUUCGGCGUUGCAGAGGGCGAUUGCAAAGUUCAUUUCUUCUUGGCACGCGGCUGGGGGCAAUGCAUUGAAAAGAGCUAAAGCCAUCUUCAUCCUUCUGAAGGAAAGUUACGCAGCUGGAAUCGUGUGGACCAUCAUCAAGAGCUUGUGCAGAGAGAUGAAAUGGUACGACUGGCUUGAGACAGCAGCUAAGGUGACGGCCAUGAUCAUUGCAGCUCUUGCUACAGAGGGAGCGGCGCUGAUAGCAAAGAUUGCCUUGGUUGUCAUGUCGGCCGUUGAUUUCAUAAGGAAACUCGCCAAUCUGGCGAAGCUCGAGGAAAUUAAGCAGAAUCUGUAGAAAGCGCUUGACCAUGAUAGUAACGGUGUGCUCUUUGAAAAAAGGUUUUGCCCUGCUUAAACACGGUUUAUUUUGUCAGCUAGGUCAGUAGCGAUGAGCUCAGGAGACACUGAAAGACCUGAUUCCUUAGUUGUGAAUUGGAUUGGAUAUCUGAAGCCGAUAAAGUUGUUAUUAGGGACAAUUAUGGCUAGCGUGUUUGCUGUCAUUUUAGUGAUUAAGGUUGUUUUAGUUCUAACAUUUUCUAGUAGUGACUAAAGGUUUCAGAAGUUAUCAUUAUCAUUGUAACAUCUAAUAUUCUUGUUUGCAUCAAUGAAUUAUUAAUAUCCUGGAAAUGACAUUUAGUUGUCCAUUAGGCAAUUCGUAUAAUAGUGCAUGUUCUUAUCCUUUAUUUUAAGCCCCUCGUAUCAAGCGCUCACAGAGGGAAAGAUAGUUUUAAAAUAUCGGCGAAAUACACGUUAAUUAUAUGGAAAACGAUACAUAAACACGGAAAAUAAAAGCCGUUUGCACUGUG